CAACCAGACAAAUGAAUAUGAAUCACAAUGUCGGUGGCCGUGAGAGUACAACACAGAAAUAUCCAAUGACAGGUGGUCCAAAUUAAACGCAAAAAAUCUGAGUACAUCCAGAAAAAUUUUCCCCAGCUAGACCAAGCUUGAGGCCCACUCGAGGGAAUUUUCACAUCACUUCCCUGACUAUGAAUGUAUUUAUUUGUUGAAAAUCCAUCACCCAGUUCACCUCUGCAAACAUAACUACGCCCACCAGGCCAGGAGCAAGCUUUGAGUUUGAUCGACCACAUAAACAACAGUGAAAUUUGAAGCCAUUUUACCAGGCCAAGAUUUGGAUAUGCAGCAGAUAGCAAGUAAGAGAAAAUUCAGCGAUACACAAAUCAAGUACCUGGAAUUCAUGUUUGAGUCGGAGUCAAGACCAGAGUCCAGGAUGAAACAGCAGCUGGCUGAGGAGCUUGGUCUACAACCUCGUCAGGUGGCGACAUGGUUCCAAAAUCGUCGAGCAAGACUGAAGAUUAAGCAGAUUGAGCUCGAUUAUAGCAAGCUCAAAGCAAAAUUUGACACUCUAGCUUGCAGCUAUGAGUCCUUGAAAGAAGAGCAUCACUCAUUGAUUGUCCAGUUACAAACACUAAAGACUAUGCUUGGGAAGCAUCAACAUGGCAUAGAAAAUUCAGCACUGGACCAUGAUGAAAUCAGCGGAGAUGUCAAAUGCAUGAACGAGGACACAACAACUGAACUGAAAGAAGUUUCCAUCCUUGUAUCUGAAUGUAAUGAUCAUAUAAGCUCUGAGCCUUACACUGAGAAUAAGAAAGGAGAUGUUGAAAGCACUGUGGAAAACACUGCAGUGAUUAACAUAGAAGGCCACACAGAAUCAUCGAGAAACUGGUGCAAUUUUGAGUUCAGUUUUCUAAAGGAGUCAAGUUCUACUUCAGAAUGGUGGGAGUUCUGGUCUUGAACCAGCGGGCAGCAUCCCCUCAAAUUAGAUCAGAAUAUGUAAGAUUAUACCCUCAUAGUUUGGAGAGACUAUCAUAGCAUCGGCAACAAAUGGGAGAAUCAUCUUAGAUAGAAUUCCAAUUCCGGCAUAUCACUUGUAGGGAUGUUGCUCAUUCUAGAUAUCCUUUGAUCCACUGCUAAAGAAUCCGCAUCAUCAAUACUCGCCAAAAUCUAGGUUAACUUUCAAUAGAUAGGUUGUACAGAAAAUUUCCAACACAGAUUAUAGGGUGAACAUAGGAAAUCGAAUUCUGUGAUAUAGAGCAAAUUUGUGAGA